AUGUCUGCAGGAAAUUUUGGCAGUUUCAGCGCACUGGACUCCCCCUCCAACAGCCCAUUCGCGGCAGAUUCCGCCGUUUCCGCCGCUUCCGCGCUCCGCCGAUGCUCCACCGUUGGGGCGGAGAGGGAGAGGCCGCAGAUGCUCGCUCAUGAUUGGUCCGCUGAUAGAAAUAGCAUCCACGCUAACAUCAUGUUUCCCGCCGACUAUCCUUCGGAGCUGUUACUACUGCCACACCCCCCUCCGCCAGAGAUCUUCGCGCAAGCGCGCGGAGAGGAUUCAGCUGCUGCCGCGGCAAAUCAAUUUCCGCGCAACGCGUCUGCUCCUGCCGCCUCCGCCCCCGCCCCCUCCGCUCCGCGCCGCUCCGCGUCUCCUCCGGCUUCCGUUUCCGCUUCCGCAGACGUCUUCGGCGGCGGCGCCGCCUCGUCCUUCUGCCGCACCGCGCCCUGCCGCAACGGCGCUCAGACCUCCGCCGUUUACGCUCGUGAUAUCACGCUGCCUCCGCUCGCGCCGCCCGCAGCUCCUGUCGCGCCGUUGCUACAACGCGGAAACAGCGGCAAUCAGAUGGAAACGGGUAGCAGGUUUGCGGGCUUGAAGCGGCCGUCAGAUCUGACGGCGACGGUUAUUUCUCCUUUGCGAGAACUCGGGAAACCUCCAGCAGCGGGAGCCGCGCCGGCGGCUCUUCACGCGACUUGUGCUGCCCUCGAUACAAGCACAGUCGCCGAGGCUGGAAACUGGAGCGGAAGCCAGGGAAUGGAGGGGCGGGCAGGAAGAAUUAUACCGAACUGCCCUUCAAAGGGGCAAAGCUAUUGCACUAGUUAUGGUGGCGGAGGAGUCGGGGCGGAUCGCGACGGGUUGGCUGGUGACAAUAACGGAAUGGUUUUGGCCGGUGGUGAUAAAAGCGGGGGCGAAGUGGAAGAAAUGCCUGCGUUAUUGGAAAAAGCGGAUGCGGAUUUAGCGAAUCUGGUGAAUGGGUUUGAGGAGGGAGGUUCGAAAGGUGUUCUUGUAACGGACGGGACAAUGGUGGAUGUUGAACACUGCGAAGAUGUGACUAAAACGGGGAUUUUUUGUGGAUCCGUUACAGGAGGGGAGGAGAGAGCUGCGGAUGGGGCUAAUAACGAAAGGAUGGACGAUGUGGGAGAGCCGGACGAGCUGGAUACGUUCGAUCUGACGCAAAUGGAGGGUCUAGAUCUGCCGAUCGUCAUGUCGGAGGCGAAUCUGGACGAGAUCUCGGGAAUUUCGUCCGCAGAUUUCCUCCCAGAUCUUCCGGAAGAUUUGUUUGCAGAUCUCCCGUUGGAUGCACCCUUCGAUGUAGUCACACUGUGUGAAGACUCGUCAGGUUGUGCAGCAAAGGAAGGCCUGAGCGACACAGCUAACCCUUCUGAUGCACGCUGCGAGGCUAUAACGAAUGUUUCUGCGAGUGACGUUGACCCAGCUUCUGUUGCUUCUGCUGCUCCUGCUGCCAUGUUUCCUGCUUCCUCACAACCUCCCCCCUCCACGCCCGGAACCCCCCCAUUGAUCCGCGCUUCCUCCCCCUCAACCUUCCCCAGUCCGCUCCUCAAGCUUCCCCCCUUCCUCCCCCCACAGCCGCUGCUCCGCGCUGCUCCCUCUUCCGGAGGUGGGAGGGGGCGGGAUAGAGGAGAGGCGGUUGGGGAGGGAGGAGCGGUGAUGGGGGAAAGAGGAGAAGCAGCAACGGCAGCACCAGCAGCAGCACUAGCAGCAGCACCAGCAGCACUAGCAGCAGCACCAGCAGCACCAGCAGCAGCAGCAGCAGCACCAGCAGCAGCAGCAGCAGCAGCAGGCUUAAUUGGGGGAAAGAGGGGCGCAGCAGGCGUGAAUCAACAAGUGGCAGCAGCAGUGGCGUUGAAUCGGCUGCUGCAGCAGAGGCAGAUGCUGAGUAACCCUGCAAACAACCCCAAGCAGCAACUGCUACUCAGAGCCCUCACCGCUGCUGCCACUACAGACUCAGGUGUACCGCCCGCUGCUCUUGUCUCAGUCAUCGCAGCCUCGGCAGCAGCCUCGUCGGCUGCAUCGGCGGCAGCUUCGUCGGCAGGUUCGGAAGCAGGUUUGGGGGCAGGUUCGGCUGCUGGUGAAGCUUCUUGUGUGGGAGUGACAGGGGUGCCCCAGGUGUCGAGCCUGCCGCAGGGUUCUCCUGGAAGGUCUGGUAUGGAAAUCAACACAGCGGUGCUUGCCUCUCUGCUUGCCUCUGCUUCCUCCUCGCCCUCGUUUGCCACCGCUGCUGCUGCCUCUCCUUCUCCUGCUGCUGCUGGUGCUUCUGGGGAUGCAGUGAGUGUGGCAAGGGCUCUUCAACAGAGGGGAGCAGUGCUUCUGCUGCAGCAACUGCUAACUCCUUGUCAGGCUGGUGCAUGCGAUGCGAGCGAUUUCGUUAUUAACACCGUUUUCCAGACUUGA